AUGGCUUCCGCCGAGCGCCAUUUUAUCGCUUUCAAAAGACGAUUGCUAAGCCAACAAGAAAAGUCUGUCGCGAACAACCGCGCUCCCUUGUCAACACAACACGACCUCAACGCGGAUUCAUGGAUUCAACCCAGUAGCAGUAUGCUGAGAGCAAGUCACAGCAAGGCACAUGGGAAUAAACGUGAAAAACGGAGUGCGGAGUGGCGGCGGAGGAGGAAAGUCCACAUUAUUCGAGCAGCUCCACUAUUCAACAAUGACGGUACUGGCAAAAGCAUGUUUAGUGAUCCAAUAAGCAGAUGA